AUGCAAUACUCAACUGUUUUCGCUUCUGCUUUAUUAGUCGGCUCUGCCGUCGCUGGUUACACUAACGGUACCACCGUCACCACUGACGUCACCGUUACUGACUACACCACCUACUGUCCAUACUCCACUGUCGUCACCGUCACCAAGUGUGAACAAGACAAGUGCCACCCAACCGAAAUCACCGUCACUGAAGCUACCACUUUAACUGUCACCGGUGAAUGUGUUGUCCCAACCACCUACACCACUGAAGUCCAAACCAAGACCGAAACCGUCUGUGACACCUGUGAACACCCAACCACCGCUGCUCCAACUUCUGCUGCUCCAACUACCGUUGCUGGUGAAUCUACUUCCGCUGCUUCUUCUGCUGCUGGUGUCACCUCUUUCGAAGGUGCUGCUGCUAGAAACGUUGCUGGUGCCUUCGCUGGUGUCGCUGCCGUUGCUGCUGCUUUAUUAUAA